UUUAACGAUUAAGGUGAUGCGGUCUCUGGAUAGUACGAUAUUUUCGUGUGUGUACGAUGUAGCAUGGUCGAACAGUGACCAAGAUUUGUUCGAUAAGAUUUCCGUCGCAAUGACCGUGUUCGUAAUGGGUUCGCUUGUAUUAAAUUUGGUCGGACCAGUUCGAUAUGGAAAAUCAGCGUCGUUUAUUUCGACGCAUCCGAAUUACCUAAAUUACAAUCUAACUUCGAAAUUUGUGUGGAGGUAUGGCUUCAUAGCCACAAUUCUUGUGCCACUUCUGAUGGUCUUCGUCACCCCAUGUUCGAAAAUUGGAAACUUUUGUAAUGCUGCUGGCCUGACGAUUGAUUGCCUACAUUAUUUUAAUCGGACAAUUAUUUAUCCGUCGAAAAUCUCGCCGAAAGCUACGCCUCAAACUCUGUGGUUCUUCCUGCUAAUGGUUCUGAUAACAACGCUACAUGGAUUCAUCCAAUCACAUCAUUUACUGAACGUUCACACUUCAAGCGUUACCUCUUUGACCUAUUUGGGCAUAUUGCUCUACAUCGUCGGUGCAUCAAUUAAUUCCUACCACGAUAAUCUACUCAUUAAUUUGAGGAACACAUCGACCACAGCAGGUAGAUUGGACAGCAGCUCCAAUUACAAAAUUCCUACAGGAGGCAUUUUCGAAUACGUUUCGUGUGCCAACUAUCUCGGCGAAUUGAUGGAAUGGUGGGGUUAUUUCAUGGUGACGAAAGGUUAUCCGCAGUUCCUGUUCGCAAUAUUUGCGACUGCAUUUUUGGGAUGUCGGUCCAGAUUUGCUCACAAAUUCUACAAGGACAAGUUUGGUGGUGAGUAUCCGGACCACAGGAAAGCGAUAAUUCCAUUUAUUUACUGAUGAGAGGUGUAUUGUAUUGAUCUGGAUUGUAAGGAACUCUGGUACGGUCGGGGAAAUUUUGUUGCUUUUUAUUUACAAAUUCACGCCAUAGUAUGUCUCUCAGAAUAUGAAUUUUAAGUAAACGAAUGAUUAAAAAAUGAACCGAAAAAUACAUUUCAA